AUGAUAGUGGCCAAAAGUGCUUUUAGAGCCAAACCCGUGGCAUUGGCGUUGUUGCGAUACCCUCACGUUUCUGCGUCAUUUAUACGCCUUCAAAGGACAAUAGGAACUGCUCCUUCCGAUUCGGAUAAAACCGAGUCCGAAAUGAAAGAUCACAAGAAAGACGACGUAUUUAUUCCCCGUGUCUCUUUUAAAAGCAAAAGUGUACAAACUUCUGCUGCGCAUGAGGAUUUGAGCGAAAUUGCUGGUCCGGGCAAGUUCUCCAAGAAGCACGGAUUCUCAGAGACAAGCGAACACGGGAUUUUUCUGGUAGAUGACGACUCCACGGUUGAAUCAACGCUGCGAGCUGAUUUUGGUUUCAAUGCUGCAGACUACGAAGAGAAAUUGGUCAAGUUGCCUACCCCUCGCCAACUCAAAUCAUACUUGGAUAAGUACAUUGUUGGCCAGGACAGUUGCAAGAAGGUAAUGUCUGUUGCAGUGUAUAACCAUUACAUUCGGAUCAAUGACGCCACCAUUCGUGGAUUUGAGAAGAGGCAAGCUCUGAAAAAGGAAGCUGUUGAACAAUUGUUCAGGAACACGCACGGUAUCGAUACACCACUUUCCAUUGAUGUAGAGAAGCUAGAGAGCACCAGCGAUGUUCCAGAGCUGGAGAAGUCAAACGUGUUGUUACUGGGCCCUUCGGGAUCGGGCAAGACUCUAAUUGCCAAAACGCUUGCCAAGGUGUUGAAUGUUCCCAUUGUGAUCCAGGAUUGCACUUCGCUGACACAAUCGGGUUAUGUUGGAGACGACAUCGAGAGCUGUAUCGAGAAACUGCUGAUCAAAGCCAACUACGAUGUAGAUCUUUGCCAACAGGGCAUCAUUGUGCUUGAUGAAAUUGAUAAGCUUGCCAAACCGUCGGUGUACACGGGAACGAAGGACAUUGGGGGCGAAGGUGUUCAACAAGGAUUGUUGAAAUUAAUUGAGGGUACAAACAUUUCCGUCCAAGCUAAAAAACAAGCACCGAAGGAUGCGAAUUCAGCAGGUGGCAUGGAUAGGCCAACCGUGUCUGUUCGUUCUGGUGGAGAAACAUACACCGUCGAUACUUCUCAGAUUCUGUUCGUUUCCAUGGGCGCGUUUAUUGGCCUCGACGGGAUCGUUGCAUCCAGAUUAGCAAGUUCUGUGAUGGGUUUUGGCGUUGAGGACAACUCCGUGACAGCUGCUGAACAAGAGAGCGGCGACGCUGUUGAAUACGUGACAUUGCCCAAUGGAAAAAGAGUUUCCGCGUUGGAUGCCGUUUCCCCAACAGACCUGCAUACAUUUGGAUUGAUUCCAGAGCUGAUUGGCCGGAUCCCUAUUGUGUCUGCUCUGUCGCCAUUGACCACGCAGGACUUGGUCUCCAUUUUGACGGAACCUAAAAACUCGAUUAUUAAGCAGUACGAGUACUUCUUCUCCAGGUUCAAGGUGCGUUUGGCAAUCACACAUACUGCAAUCGAGCACAUUGCCAGACUGUCGCUGAAGAACGGAACCGGUGCAAGAGGUCUCAGAUCCGUAUUAGAGAAGAUCCUUCUUGCUGUAAACUACGAUUGUCCAGGCAGUGGUGUCUCGUUUGUACUUAUCGAUGAUGAGGUAAUCACCAGUUUCAACGAACCCAAUGAAGCAAGCAGCUCAAAGGAGCUCAAGGCGAAGUACUUCUCCAGGGGAGAGAUUUUCAAAUUUCUCAAUGAACUGGGAAACGAGGACCCUAUCUUGAAGAAACAGAUCGAGGAAGAGUACCAGAUUCCAAGCAGCGAUAAGGUAUCGGCGAGUCGGGGGAAAAAGAGAAAGGCGAGAGCUUGA